AUGGCAAAAAAGGGGAAAGGGAAAAAAAAGGACGAUGACUCGCUUGGCGAUCAGCCAGUGGAAGAAAUGAAAGCGGACGAUGAUAAAGAAGAACAUGGGAUUACGUCCACCGGCACUAACAUGAAUGAAGAGGGAAGCGGCCCCACACAGGGUUAUGUAGACCCCAAGACGUACAACAAGUUCAAAAACGACGGCUCGUUCUUGGCUCAGGUGCUAGCGCUCCAGAAGAAAAAAAAGGUGAGGAAGAUAAAGGAGGCUGAGGGAACAGACGGGAAAAAGAAAAAGAAGUCCAGGAAGACGUCUUCCCAGCAGGGGGAUGAUGAAGAGGACGCUGAAGCAGAGAACGACAAAAAGGAAAAGCACGCCAAAACAAAUGAAGAGGAUGAGGAAGACGAAAGAGAAGUAGCUAUAAAAAAUGAGUACAUUGAAAAGAUUAACAAAAUGAAGGAGGAGGGUCUUUUCACGGACAAGGGGAUCGGAGCUGGGAUGGUUAAGUGA